AUGGACGUUCUGUGUGUAAGGGAGGCCAUCAAGAUUGCUGCAGACCCAUGCAGAGCCUGGAAGGGGAGCUAUGAUUGGUUGUAGAGCUGGAGAAGAGGAGUUCUGAUUGGUGCGAAGAUGGGAAAGUUAUAACUGGUGUAAGUGCCUCGAGAAGUGUUAAGAAUCCCUCUGUCUCAGACAAUCUAAUCUCAGAGUGAUGAUCAGCUUCCAGUUUCAUACCAGUGUCUCCUCCCUGACAGAGGGAGGCUCUGUGACCAGCAUAGAGACACUCUGUGGAAGAGAGUCCAGUACAGAGCUAUAACUUGUCCCAGUUUAACCAUUACUGGCACUCCUGGUGUGCUGCAAGGCCAAAGAGCAUAAAGAGGAAGAUGCUGAGAAACUGCUGCUCCAAUAGAAAUCACUGAUCAGGCUAUUGAGCAGUGUCAUGGCGUCGUUGGCUAGCUUGUUGAGUCUCUUGGUUUGGAAACCUCUCUGGCAGGGUCCUAUUGUCAUGGAGCUGGAGACCUACCAUUACUAUGGACAUAGCAUGAGCGACCCCGGGGUUAGGUGAGACUUGAUCUCUGACCCCUGACCCUGUGACCGUCACCUGACCCCUGGUCUCUCUCCACCCCCUCACUCUUCUCACACCUCCCCAUAACUCCUCUCCCGCUCUCUCUUUCUCUCUCCCUCUCUCUCUCUCUCUCCUCCCUCUGUUCUGUUUUAGCCUUGCCCACCACCUCGUGUUGCCACACUCCCUCACUCCCUUAGCCUGUCUAGACACCCCUCAGUGCAGUGCAAUGUUGGUUUGGGAUGCAUCCCAAUACUCUAGCAUCGGUUCCUUUCCAGGGCUCUGUGUCUCUCUUUCUUGUUAACCAAGGGCUGGAGCUGAACCCUGCUAAUCAUGUCUUAACCCUCUUCCUGUGUGUGAUGUAACUUCCUGUAUCUACUGUACCUGUGAGGAGAUCCAGGAAGUGCGCAGUAAGAGUGACCCCAUUACUAUGCUGAAGGAAUGCAUGCUGUCCAACAACAUGGCUUCUGUGGAGGAGAUCAAGGUACACACACCUUCACCGACAUGCACACACACACACACACACACACACACACACACACAGAGACACACACAGGUGGUCCAAGUACUCCAAUUCUUUUUUCUUCCUUCCGUCCUUCCUCCCUCCCUACAGGAGAUAGAUGUAGAGAUCAGGAAGGUGAUCGCGGAUGCGGCACAGUUUGCGAUGUCUGACCCUGAGCCGCCAUUGGACGGGCUCUGCAACCACAUCUUCGCCAACGAACCACCUAUCGAGGUCUGCGGGACCAACCCCUGGGUCAAACUAAAGUCUGUCAGCUAG